GCCAGCAGGGUUGAGCCUGGGAACGCGGAAUACGCCGGGAAAACCUUAAACUGAGUUUACCCGAGGGGGCGGCCGAGAGGAGCCCCAGCCUGAAAGGUUAUCCCUAAGGGGCCAGGGAGGGCCUCGGGGAGGGGCCUGGCCAGGAAGGCCUGACACAGCAAACACAGAAAGACAAAGUCCAUCUGGAUGGAAAUGGGAGCGGAACGACAGGGGCCAUUUUGCCUCUGUGGUCAAAGGAAAGACUGAUUUGUCGGUACCCAGGGUCUGAGGAUAACUCUGGGGCCAUGACUGCCAUGAUUCUCACAGAGGAUCCAAGAUUUCUUCAUUCUGAGCAAUGGCAGGUGCCACUGGACUUGUUCUGAGACCCUUUUCCUAGAGAAUGGCCAAAGGGCUCCUGAUGACCUAUGCCCUCUGGGCUGUAGGGGGCCCUGCUGGGCUCCACCACCUGUACCUGGGGCGGGACAGCCACGCACUGCUCUGGAUGCUUACCCUGGGUGGUGGUGGUCUAGGCUGGCUCUGGGAAUUCUGGAAGCUCCCAAGCUUUGUUGCUCAGGCCAACAGAGCCCAGGGACAGAGGCAGAGCUCAGGAGGGGGGACACCUCCUCUGAGUCCCAUUCGCUUUGCUGCACAGAUGAUAGUGGGCAUCUAUUUUGGCCUUGUGGCUCUCAUUAGCCUUUCCUUCAUGGCAAGCUUCUAUAUUGUGGGCCUCCCACUGGCAGUUGGCUUAGGGGUCUUGCUGGUGGCUGCUAUUGGCAACCAGACCUCAGACUUUAAGAACACUCUAGGGGCGGCAUUUCUUACCUCCCCUAUCUUCUAUGGCCGCCCCAUAGCCAUCCUGCCCAUCAGCUUGGCUGCCAGCAUCACAGCCCAGAAGCAUCGCUGCUACAAAUCUUUAGUUGGAUCAGAGACACUCAGUGUGCGGCUCUUCCGCCUGGGCUUGGCUUACCUUGCUUUCACAGGCCCGCUGGCGUACAGCACCCUCAGCAACACAGCUGCCACCCUCAGCUAUGUGGCAGAGACCCUUGGCUCCUUCUUGAGUUGGUUCAGCUUCUUCCCCCUCCUUGGGCGCCUGAUGGAAUCUGUCCUCCUUCUGCCUUACCGAGUCUGGAAGCUGCUGGUGGGAGAUCAUGGCUUCAGCAGCAGCUACUUCCAAGAGUGGGAGAAGCUCUAUGAGUUUGUUCACAGUUUUCAGGAUGAGAAGCAUCAGCUGGCUUACCAGGUUUUGGGUCUCUCAGAGCGGGCAACAAAUGAAGAAAUACGUCGCAGAUACCGGGAGCUAGUGAAGAUCUGGCACCCUGACCACAAUCAGCACCAGAUGGCGGAAGCUCAGAGGCACUUCCUGGAGAUUCAGGCUGCAUAUGAAGUCCUGAGUCAGCCCAUGAAGCCAAGGGGAUCCUGCAGAUAUUUUUGGGACUUCCUAGGUGGCGCAGUGGUUAAGAAUCCGCCUGCCAAUGCAGGGGACACGGGUUUGAGCCCUGCUCUGGGAAGAUUCCACAUGCCACGGAGCAACUAGGCCCGUGCGCCACAACUGUUGAGCCUGUGCUCUAGAACCCGUGAGCCACAACUAUUGAGCACGUGUGCUGCAACUAUUGAAGCUCACGCCCCUAGGGCCUGUGCUCCACAACAAGAGAGGCCACCGCAAUGAGAAGUCUGCGCACCACAAUGAAGAGCAACCCCCACUCGCAGCAACUAGAGAAAGCCCAUGUGCAGCAACGAAGA